AUGUCGAUCGUAACCCAGCUGGAAGCACCAUUGGCAUACCUCGAAAGUGCCGCUGCUAGACAGCCUCGGCCAAACAUCCGAGACUUCCAGCUCAAUGCUUCUAUCGUAUUGAUCGGAUCUAGGGGCUCGGGGAAGAGGACCCUGGGAUUUAUAGGGGCUACACACUUAGGGAGGAGACUCAUAACCGAGGAUCACUAUUUUCAAGCAGUCACAGGCGUUUCUAGGGCUGUCUUCAUGCAACAACAUGGAAGUCUCGAGUUCUAUCGAAAAAAUGUAGAAGUGCUGAAACGCAUGCUAGACAACCACAGGACCGGUUGCGUUAUCGAAUGUGGAAUGGGAAGUCUCUCGGGGGCUGCUCAAAAGGCGCUUUAUGAGUACUGCAAAACAAAUCCAGUCAUAUAUGUCACCAGAGAGAGUCAGAGAAUAAAGUCGUUGCUCAGACUUGGGGAGGAAGAGGCAGCGCGUCUGGAGAAUGCGGAUUUGGCGCACCGUAAAUGCUCGAACUUCGAGUUCUUCAACCUUCAUGACGAUUCCAGCUCCGAUGGAAGCGAUGCGCCCCCUGAAAACGGACUCGCGAAAAUCUCAUCCAGACUGAAAUACGCCAAGGAAGACUUUUCAAUGUAUUUGGACUUCCUGACGGGUCAAGGUAUUGCCCGCAGCGGCCUGGAAAGUCCUUUCUCGAUUGCAGCCCUCCCAGCCGAGUUCAGGUCUUAUACGUACGCCCUAUCGCUUCGGCUGUCAGUCAUACCCGACCUGAACUUGACGGACCUGGAAGCUGGCGCGGACGCAGUUCAGCUAAAGAUCGACUCCUGGUCACCUGAUCUUCAAAAGCUCAUUGGGAAGCAGGUGUCCACUAUCAGAAGGAGCCUUGGAGUUCCUAUCAUCUUCCAAGUGGAGGACUAUGCUUUUGAGGGUGCGGGUCUCUCGUUUCAAGAGCAGGAGAAUGCAUAUUUCUUGUUGAUGGAGUACGGCUUGCGGCUCGGAGUCGAGUAUAUUGUGGUAGACUUGAAGUACUCUUCUGACCGCUUCUCCGACAUCGUUCGGGCAUCCGGCAGGACGAAAAUCAUCGGAUACCACAUGUAUCGAGAAGAUAACUCCUGGGGCUGGGACGACGAAUCGAAAAUGAUACAGUAUCAGAGGGCCAAGUCUCUGGGCUGCGACAUCGUCCGAUUUGUUCGGACAACAUCAAACGCAAAGGACAACGACACGGUUCGGGACUUUGUCAACAAAAUCGAGUCAAUCUCCGACCAUCUUCCUCUGAUUGCAUACAAUAUUGGAGAAUAUGGUCGACCUUCCUUGGUCGCCAAUCGGAUCUUCACGCCGGUCACCCAUCCAGUCAUGCAAUCGACUGUGAGCAGGAGCCAGAUUCGACAAUUCCUUCCAACGGCAGCAGAAGCUAUGCAAGCCCGCUACCAAUCGCGUAUCAACGACCCCAUGCACUACUACCAUUUUGGAAUCAGCGUCUUUUACAGUCUGUCGCCUGCUAUGCACAGUGCAGCUUAUCAAGAAUGUGGGAUGUCCAACGAUUUCCAGUCACUUCAAGUCACUUCGCUUGAGGAUAUCCAACAGCUGUGUCAAGAUACAAACUUCGGAGGCGCAGCUAUCACCCAACCAUUCAAAGUCGAAAUUUUGUCUCGAGUGGCCGCAAAAAGCUACCACGCAAAAGCAAUAGGAGCCGUGAAUACGCUAUUGCCACUGCGAGUACUGUCCAACCAUACACCUCUCGAUGGAGGUACCCAGGCCCUUUUGCGACAUGCGAAUCAGCGAGGCAAAGCUGGUCCUAUCAUCGCUUACUACGGCGACAAUACCGAUUACAUUGGCAUCAUGAACAGUGUUCGUCGCAAUCUCUCGCCGCGAAACGUGAUCCAGCCUUCGAAAACCGCUGGUCUGGUUAUCGGCGCAGGUGGCAUGGCUCGAGCAGCAGUUUACGCCAUGAUCCAGCUUGGAUGCCGCAAGAUCUUUAUUUACAAUCGGACCCGUGGGCACGCCGAGAGCGUUGCUCGCCAUUUCAAUUCUUGGGCGUCAGGACUCAGCAGUGAUGGUGAAAUGGUACGUGUGCUGAAUUCUCCGCUUGAGGACUGGCCGGCAGAUGUCAGACAACCGACCAUAAUCAUAUCCUGCGUUCCAGCUCGACAAGUUGGGACCAGCGCGCCAGCAAAUUUCGAAAUGCCGAUGCAAUGGCUGAGAAGCCCGACAGGUGGUGUCGUAGUUGAGGAGAGCGCCGAGACGGAGGAUGCAGCUUGA